AUGCAGUCCAUUAGGAUUGCAGCGUUUGUGCCCCUUUUGCUGCUUCUGCUGCUGACAGUACUGGCCGACGGGUGGCCAUAUCCACGACCCUUACCACAGAACCUAAGACGACUGCCAAGGCGGAACGAUUUUGUUGCUUACAAUUUGCAUCGCAUCAUACGACCGCGCGAUGUUAACGAUCUGGAUGUUGAUCAGGCGCGGAAGGCCAUGCACGAUGUACACGAAACGAUCGCUGAAGUACAACGGCUGCUGGCUCUCGAUCCUUCUCUUCCUAGGCUGACCAGAGGAGAAAUCGAGGAACUGUUCGAAAAUGUAACGCGGGAAGAGUUUUCCAAAUCGCUACGCGCUGGAGAUCACCAUCGGGCGCAGCAUAUGCGAGCGCUCAUGCUCGUUCUGCCGUACCACGCGAAUAACAUGUCGCCGGAAAAUAUGCAAAAGAUAUACACCCGUCCACCAGUGACCCGAAUUGUUGGGGCUGGUACCAACACGAAACCGAUCGUUUUCGAAACGCUACCAAUAACGCCGGCACGGUUUGUCGCCAGCACUACUACUACUACUACUACAACCACCUCCACUGUUGCACCGACAACAUCUGGCCCGCGCACAACGACUGCUGCCAUCCCGGUAACAACAAUCCGUUUUACAACGCCGCGUCCAACUACUUUCCAUCCAACGCUACCGGAACGAAUGCGCGAUGCUACUCAACGUAAGGAAAAUUUAAACGACCUUCUUGCGUCGAUCGGAUUAUCGCAAAGCUCGGAGGAACUUUCCACCCCUCCAACGUUCCGCCCAUUACCAGCCGCUAUGACGACAAUAGCACCAUCUCCUUCGUCUUCGUCAGCACCGGAAGAUCCUGUUAGCAAUGCGAUCAAUGUGGAUGAUCCGAAAGUGGCACAAGAGCUAAAGGAUCUAUUGCGUUCGUUCGGUUUGCUGAAGGACGUGGACAGUGCUGUCAGUGCGAAUAGUCCACUGCCACACGCAGAACGACUGGUCGACAUACAGCCGGCAGCACUGGUACUGCACGAACCGCUUAAGGUGGAAGAAUCGACUCCAACGAUCGAAGAACCGAAGAAGCUAACGGUCGAAAAUACUGGUGGGCUUACGCAAGCGAACGUUAAACCGGAUGACUAUGUUGCCUUUAAACCUCUACCGAUCGGAACAUCUGCUGAUGAUGAGGACGCAAAACCGAUAGACGAAGAGCUGGACGCUUUACUAAAAUCCUUCGGUUUGCGUGGGCCUGGUCCACGCAACAAGAAAUCGAUGCACCCGGAAGUGACUCAAAAACCACCGAUGGUGAUGAAAUCAGUUCCGUCUAUCGAUGCAGACCUAGUAGCACCACAGCUAAUGUCCGUGCUGGGAACGCUAGGCAUACAGAUGAAGCCUGGUCAACAUCAGGCUUCACUCUCCACGGGAGCGACUCCGGUAGUUCGGAGAAGGGAAAAAACACCGCGUAAGCUAGAACCACCGGUUGAUCAAACGCCAUCGGCAGCACAUUUACGCGUCAGUAAUGAGGAUUACCGGAAGUUGGAACAGCUGUGGCAGACGGUGAAGCAACUCGAGAAACUGAACACAUCUCUCACGGACGAUUCGCUCGAUGUACUCAAUCCGAAACAUUACAAUUUAAGUCCAUCGCUACUGGCACAGGGGCCAGAUCCGCUACUCGAUGGCAUUGGUGAUCGCGAAAGACUGAACGAGAUCAAGAAGCGUCAGGAGCCGGCCACAUCUACCACUACGACUACCUCGUCGGUUCUGAAUGAUGAUGGUGUGGCAACGGAGAGUGACAGUCCGUUCCGUUUCAGUUUACAGCUUAACACUAGCGGAAGUGGUACAACGAGUGAUGAUACCGAGCAGGAUGAUUCGACAGCUACGACUACGACCAGUGACAUCACACCUGACACGACGACAAACUCCCCCAGUACCACUGCCUCUCCAACUACCACAACGACGGAGAGUGCCCGCAAUGCUGCAUUGGAAGACUCGUUUCCCUCAUCGGAUUUAGCCGGAGAUCCUGUAAAUGAGGAACCGUUACCACCACCACGUCGUAACGGAUUUUACUUUUUGUACGAUUGGAACUCUUUCCUGGAGGUGGGCGAGGAACCGAACAAGGUCAUCAUCCGUUACAACCCACAGGCGGGCGAUCCGAGCCGCUUCCUACCGGUCACUGUACCGUAG